CCGAUUUCGGCGGCACAGAGUAGUUUACAUGGCGCUUUCAAUGAUACGAUGACCGCCGUAGCAACAGUUUUAAUUCCGUAUCAAUAUAAACAGCAGCGCGUCCUUUUUCCAACAAUAAUUGUCAAAGAGCUAUCGAGUCCAGGCAUCAUGGGAAUUGACCUGAUCGAUUUGUUAGGUGUGAAUUUUAACACCACUGAACGCCAGGACCGCCAACAUCCAGCAUUGGCGUCCUCUUCAUUCCUCGUUAACGCUAACGAAACGAUCGUCACCCACGUGCAGAUUCCGCGGCUUUCAGA